AUUAUAUUAAAUAAUACGCUUGAUAUUAUACAUGUUAGUAAUAUAAAAAUAGCUUGUUAAGUAAUUUUCUAUUAUUAUCAACAAAUAAGUCAUAAUAAAUUAUUGCAAAAUCUAAUACCGUUCCCAUAAUGGCCUCCGUGUCGAAGUCAAACAACACGCAUAUCACCGAAAAGAUAGACACAUCGGAAGUUCGGUUACAAGAGAGAAUUGACAAAGGAUCAUUUGGUACAGUGCACAAGGCUAUUUGGAGGAAUCGUAAGGUAGCCGUAAAGUUAAUUGACAAGGAUCGGGAAAAUUAUUUUGAUAUUGAGGAAGCUCAAUUGUCUAAACUGAACCAUAAAAAUAUUGUCAGACUACUGGCCACAGGUCGAGACAAGGAAAACCUAUGGUUGGUCAUGGAGUUGGCAGAGGACGUGGUGCAUAACCUCCAGGUGUCGUACAGUGUGUCUCAGGCACUCCAAUGGCUACAUCAAUGCGCCCGUGGGGUCGUGUACCUGCACGAUAUGAAACCGGUACCCGUACUACACCGGGACCUUAAGAGUCCUAAUUUAUUGCUGUUCAAUGGUAGGACUAUACUCAAAAUAUGUGGCUUAGUGCACGGGAGUACCAGUCGGAUAUGA